GUUGUCUUAGAAAAAGGAAGGUUAACACAACACAGAGGUCCUACUUUGCCAGCCUGCUGCUUGCAGACUCCGUGGAGGGGUGUAACCGUAUUCAGGGCACGCACUCUGUGAAAGCCCAGAAAAGAUCAAUGCACAGAAAGAAAGACUCCUAGGCACACUGGCUCCUUCUCUUUUCGUGCAUUAACUUGAAGGCGUCUUUGCUCAUGUCAUGCACUCACUCACCCAGGAAAUCAAAUCCUUCUCCCGGACUAAUCUGAGGAAACAAUGCACCAGAGUCACGACUUUAAGUGGGAAGAGAAUUAUAGAGACGUGGAAGGAUGCCCGAAUGCAGGUGGUGGAAGUAGCUGAUUGUAAUGAUGGGGAUGCCUGUGGUUAUGUGCAGGACCUGAGCUUGGAUCUGCAAGUUGGUGUCAUUAAGCCCUGGCUGCUGCUGGGAUCACAAGAUGCUGCUCAUGAUGCAGAGACAAUGAAAAAAUACAGGGUUACUCAUGUUCUGAAUGUAGCCUAUGGAGUUGAAAAUGCCUUCCCCCAAGAGUUUGUAUACAAGAUCAUUCCUAUUCUUGACCUUCCUGAGACUGACAUAUUGUCCUACUUUCCUGAAUGCUUUGAAUUUAUUGAGCAAGUCAAGCUAAAGGAUGGCGUGGUGCUUGUUCACUGUAAUGCAGGAGUCUCUCGAGCUGCAGCGAUUGUCAUAGGCUUCCUAAUGCACUCCGAAGGACUCAAUUUUGCGAGGGCUUUUUCUUUGGUGAAAAAUGCAAGACCUGCUAUUUGUCCGAAUCCUGGUUUCAUGGAGCAGCUUCAUAAAUAUCAGUGCAACAGUAAAAAAAAUUGGAACUUAAAUGAUACAGAAUGAGGAAAAAAGAAGAAUUAACCUUUGUGGUUGCACUGAAAUGAGAGAAGCGGUGAACAUUUUGACUGCAUUGUAACGAGUGAUACCUCUGUAAUGGGAAUCACACCUCUAAAGCUAUUGUGAAUUUACCUUGACUCUCCAAUGUAUAUUUUUAAAUUGACUUCCCCUCAGCUAAUUCUUCUGUGUAUGAUGAAUCAACUUGGGUUUGCAAAGCCUUAUUGGUUUGGUGGUGUCCCCCCCCCCCAUUUGUAAUUGUGCUCUACUGAUGCAAGUUUGUUUAGAAUCACAGUCAGAAUAAUACCUAUUUACCAUAUCAUCUGUUUACAAAAGAAUUUAGCAUUCUAAUUGUCCUUCAUUCUUUUAAAAAUGAUUUAACUCAUUUAAAUAAAAUAAAUGGUGCGGUAGAGUGGGACACACACACACACACACACACACACACACACACACACACACAAUUAAUUUAACUUUUCCAUUGAACAUUGCAAGUAGGUACUAGAAGAAAAUAACAGCCAACAUUCUCACUUACCAUGUAGCUGCAUAAGGGGAAGAAGCAUCUCUGCUGCAAAAAGAGCUUCUGGAGUUGUGCAGUGAUGAUCACACAAAGGGUGGGGGGACGACAAUUUUUGCCAUUUUCUCCUAACCCCAGACGUGUCCUGCACCACCCAAAAAAUGUCUCUUUGUGACCAGCUUUGUGACCAGCAAUGACAUAUCUCUGAGAGAAGUAUAGAGCAUUUCUGGGGGAAGGAGAGAUUGGCAAAGAUUGUUCGCCAGCAAGAUCAUCACUGCAGAACUUCAGAUGCUUUUUCCCCUUGCCCAGCCACAUGGUGAGAAUGUUGGCCACUAUGCAUGUUGGUUACACCAUUUGCCUUUAAUAUCUUGUUCAGUCUGUAGCCACUUUAUAUGAUUUUAAAAAUAUAGAUAAUAAAAUGUUCUUAUUUAAAAUA